AUGUUCCCAUCAGGAAACAGCUGCUUCGUCCAGAUUCCUGUUCCGUUCAAGAACAGCCGCUCCCAGGAAGUGAUAAUGGAAAGGAUUAGAAACUUGAAGAUAAAGACAUCAAUUUGUAAAAGGAUUGUGAAAGAGCUUCACUCCUAUGAGAAAGAGGUUGAGACAGAAGCUGCUAAGACUGCUGCCAUGAAGGACAAUGGAGCUGACCAAUACUACCAGACUUUGAUCAUUGCCAGAUGUGACGCACCAGUCCUACAAAAGAAGAUCAAAACUUGGAGAUAA